UCAGAUUUUUUACAGAAUGUGAUAAAGAAGGCUUCAGAACUUCUGUUUAAUGCAACUGAACGACGAGCAUACUUUGGGGAAGUAAAUUUUCUUCUUCCGUCCACGUGGGAAGAUGAAGAUGUAUUACCCACCAAAAUCAAUGUCCUCAACGCGACGUGGGAAGUGUAUAGUACUAGCAACGUUCGAGUGUCAUCUUCAAACGGUGGAUCUAGAAACUCCAUGUACACUCAACACAGCAGAGGAUGCGGCGAGUUUGGAGAACGAAUCCAUAUUCCAAUGGGCAUCAUGUCUAUCUUCGACGAAAACUUCUUAGCACGAAUGUUCUUGCAUCAUUGGGCUCAUCUCAGAUAUGGAGUUUUUGACGAAUUUUCCUCUGUAAAUAGCGAAGCAUCACCAAACUGCUAUUUUGAUGGUCAUAAGUGGCGAUUUACGGGAUGUUUCAGUCCAACGAUCGAGGAACAACUGCAUACGAAAUUCAAUUGGAAACCUGAGGAAUGCUCUAGUCUUUCUUUAAGUGAUUUUGAUCACCUCCCCGGUUUACAGUCUUCGAUAAUGUUCACCUCGCACCUUCCACAGAUUACUAGAUUUUGCAGUAGGGACGAGACUUUUCUCCACAACAGAAAAGCACCUACGAAACACAACAUCCUAUGUAAAGGACGUAGCACCUGGGAAGUAAUCUCGUCAUCGAAGGACUUUAAAGGUUGCAGGAACCUUCCAUUAAACGGAGAACCACCGGAAGUAACAUUCACAUAUGUCCGGCCGACAGUUCAUCAGUACGUGAUCAUUCUACAGAUGAUGGAAGAGCGCAGAUGGCUCAACCUACAUCGUGUUAUCUGUCACAUUCUUGAGGUCUUCCCUGAAGGAAUGGAACUAGGAAUUCUUUGUGUAAAUCAUUCAAACGUCGAAGAAGUUAGUCCUAUCGUACCACUAAACGAAACUUCUCGGGAAGACAUCAUGCUCAAGUUAAAAGGGGCUAAUAAUAUCACUACACAUCCUGGAAAUGUUUGUGUUUCUUGUGCUGUCGAAAGAGCUUUAAAGAUGGUGAAGACGACUCAACCUGCGACAAUAGUGCUAGUGGCCGAAGAAUCUGCAUGGAACGACAACCUGUUACGAACAGUUGAAACUGUUCGACUUGUUUCAAUUCUCUACAUGAACAAGGAGAAAGACUGGACCUCAGCGUCAAUCAAAUCUGGCGAUCUGCUGUAUUUUGUAGAUGACCAUAAUAUACAGAGUGUUCAGGACAUUGCUUUGGCCAUCACCAGUGGCCAUGAAAGUCUCGAAGAUGGUCGUGAGGAGCUCGUGACUAUUCAUUACUCCGUGAAUGUCAGAAAAUAUAAAAUAGACGAACAGUUUUACACCGAGGAAGACCUGGAUGGAAAAUUUGUGUUUCAAGCACAUUGCGAGUCGAAAUCGAAAUCAGAAAUCAAGUUUAAACUAGACGGAAAGGAUUGUACUGGGAAAAAAGUAGAGAACGUGGAAUGCUGGCGAGAUAACGUACAUCUCAAUGUUUUUAAGUCAGUGCAGUCUGUAGUGGCAAAAACCUGGACCUACACAGCCAAACCCGCCAUUGACAAUACCCUAUUGACAUGCGUCGCCAUGGUAUUGGUUCGAACAACCAAUAAUUCUGAGAAACAUGUGAUCAGACUGAGAGGUUGGACAAAUCAACGGCAGGUCAACCCGAUCCAAACGCCUUUGAUAAUCUAUGCUGAACUGAAGAAAGGGGAGAACCCAAUAUUAGAUGCUAAAGUAACGGCUUUCGUGCGCUUACUUGGUGAAGAAGACUCUGUAGUGUCAGUGCCUCUUUUAGACAGCGGUAACGGAGAUCCAGACAUAAGUCGCGGAGAUGGCGUCUACUCGAGAUACUAUACACAGUUUUCUGGCAGUGGUUGGUACCGACUACACAUCACAGCUACUACACAUGAAAAAAGAGCUACUGUGGUACUGGGUGGACGAAUUGGAGGAAUUGCCUCAACUCCGAUCGUCUAUGGUGAGCUCUGCUAUAUAUGUGUUAACUUACGUUAAGCUAGUCGAAUAAAG